AUGGGCGCACCUCGUGAUAUUGCUGACCAUAACGAAAUGCGUCAAAAAGUUCGAGACGUCCAUCUGCGUCUGCCCAGGAAGCCCGUGUCGAAGCGCAUCUUUCCAACGACUCCGAUUUCGAUACAAAGUAUCCCGGUCAUAUACCAGAACGACACGGAAUUUUCAGUCCGUGUAUACGAUCCAGCGGCGUUCAAUCCGUAUAUUCGUUCUGGCCUGAGGCCUGCAUUGAUCAUGUAUCAUGGAGGUGGGUGGACUCAUGGCCUGCCCGAGAUGGACGAAGAACUGGCCAAGUUCUUCGCAUCCGAAUUGCGCGCAGUUGUUGUCAACGUCGAUUACCGACUCGCUCCCGAGCACCCUUUCCCACACCCAAUGAACGACUGUUACACCGCGCUCAACUGGACUGUGGACAACGCAACCACAUACAAGAUCGACCUUAAGCGCAUCGCAAUCUGGGGUUUCUCGUCUGGAGGGAACCUCGCCGCCGCAGUGGCGUUAAAAGAUUCCAUGGAAAAUACCACCCCUCGCGUCAAGCAUGUUAACCUGGUCGUCCCUGUGACAUGCCAUCCGGCACUUUAUCCACCCAUCGUCAGUUCGAAUGGAGCUUCGGCGAUCAGAUUUGGCACAAGCAAAGAGGCACAACUGCCUCUUGCUACCAUGGAAAAGCUUUGGGAAACCUACGUUGCCUCUCAACCUUCGCAUGCUUAUGCCUCUGUGCUCCAUACCGUUCCCCCAGAGCACCAUCCCUCCGUCCACAUCACCGUCGCCGGCUGUGACACAUUGCGAGAUGAGGGUAUCGCAUACGCUCUCCACCUCCGAAAUCACGGAAUAGAUACGCAGUUGGAAAUCAUUCCUGGGGUCCCACACGAGAUUGACCUUUUCCCCAGAGCACACGCAUCAAAGCAAUACAUGAUGAAUCAAGUGAGAGUGUUGAAUUAUGCAUUGAAUACCGACUUUUGA